UCGCUGAGAGCGUCUCGACGCUUACCGCGACUAGGUUCACUCGUGGUACGCUCGAGCCAGUAGCGCGAUCAGCCCCGUACGGCACACACGAUGGUUGCGCAUACGCACGCGCUUGCCGCCGCGCUUCUGUGUGCAUUGGCUGGUCAGCUCGGAGCUGGUGCCAGUCUUCAUUGCGCUAUGAGAAGGGAAAUCUCACCCUGUACGUGUCGCCGGGAGGAAACCGGCAAUGGUGCCAUUCUGGUCGUCUGUCAAAGGAUUAAUGCUUAUGAAGAUAUAGCACGAGCUCUCACCAACAAAUUCAGUCCUGAAACGAAGAUUGGCCUCGACAUCUCUUACUCACAAUUACCGGAUUUCGAUGAUCAUAGCUUUCGUGAACUCGGACUUUCUAUCACAAGACUCAAACUAAAUUUCGACAAUUUAAGUGAACUAAAAGAAAGCGUUUUCACGAAGUUGGACUUAGUGGAUUACUUCAGUUUAGCUGAUAAUUCUCUCACAGAGAUGCCGCGACACGUACUUCGUCAUCUACCUCACGUAAAAACUCUGGAUCUCUGUAGAAAUAAAAUAACCAAACUUACAGUUGAAGACUUUAGAGAUAUACAAGAAGUAGAACAUUUGGUAGUAGCUGGUAAUGAAAUAUCUAAAAUUGAACGAGAGGCUGUGCCCAAGGCGUUAAGACAUGUUCAUUUUGGUAUCAAUAAAUUGAAUACAUUGAACGGCGCUCUGAGAGAUUUGGACGAUUUAGAGUGGAUUUUCAUUAAUGCGAAUAAUCUUAAGUCUAUUGACAACGAACUACCUGUAAAAGCUAAAAAGAUUGUUCUCAUUCAUGCUGCCCACAACGAAUUGCAAAAUUUACCGAAAGACUUGAAGCAAAUGCCUUCUUUGGAAUCUCUUUAUUUCUAUGAUAACAAUAUCAAAUCGUUAGAUGGAGCUUUACAAAAGUCCAGGAGACUGUUAAGGAUUAGUCUUUCUUUUAACAAGAUUGAAAGUUUAGCCGAAGAUGAAUUUGCAGAAGCAGAAAAAUUAGCAGAUCUGGAUAUCGCGUACAAUCAUUUGAAGAUUUUAAAUGGGUCUCUUAGAAACUUAAAAUCUUUAAGAUAUCUGAAUUUAACGCAUAAUUAUUUAACAGAAUUUUCACUGCAAGAAAUUAAAGGUUUGAAAAGAUUGUCGGUAAUCGAUUUGUCCCAUAACAAAAUAAGUCAUAUUACAGGAAAUAUGGAGAAUCUUGUGGAUGUUGAAACACGUGUAUUGGAAUUACGUUUGGAUCACAAUUACUUGAUGAAUUUAGGAGGAGCUCUGAUGGGACUUCACGGGCUCCUCAGAUUAAACCUGAGUAACAAUCAACUGCAAGAAAUCUGUCCCGAUGAUUUGAUUGGUUUGGAAGACUUAAAACUACUUGAUGUAUCUCAUAAUCAAAUCACAUCUUUAGAAGAAACUUCUAAGACAUUUUUACCAUCUCUUGAGGAAUUAAUAGCACAUCACAACAACAUUACUAUAUUACAUAAAGAUUUCCAUGGACUGCCAUCGUUGUGUUUAGCUGAUUUAUCUUACAAUCAAAUUCAGUCUGUUAAUUACGACCUCGUUUCAAAGUCUCGAUGUGUUAUAAAUGGAGUUCCAAGUAUAUUGAAAAUAUAUCUUCAAGAUAAUCCUGUUCUAUGCAACGAACAUUUAUAUGAACUUAUCAAAGUUUUGGACAACUUGAACGCACGUAUAAGUGGAGUAUCAACAUGUGUGACAGCAGAAACAGUCGCACCUGUUUUAAACAUGCGAGCAUUGAAUGAUAUCGAAAUACCGCAGAAAGAGAAUCCGCCUUUAAUAGUGGUGGCACACGUUGGUACUGGGAUACGAGUAUUACCGCAUGAAGGAGCGGACCGUGAGUUAAUCCCGCCAGUGCCACAACUCCAGUAUCGCCGUGUCGGGGCUCUUGUCGGCCACAUUCUGCCUGAACGUGAAGGCGGUUUACCUGUGCUUGUUGAGCCACCCGUCACGCUGCCAUCAGCGGGUUCCAACGUUGUGGUAAAAUGGCCAGACGAUCGAACAGCCGACGAGCAAGCGCACCCGCUUACCGAUCAUUUACGUCUGCGAGAUUUAAAUGCGUCCCCGCAGUGAAGUUUUAAGUAUCAGGCGUCACAUAAUGCUGACGCCAUCGAACUGAGUGUUUCGUCUUAGGAAAUAUAACUGCCUCUAAUCUAGACUAAGGCAGAGUGUCUUCUGAUUCGGUCGGGUGCAUGGAUUUUCCCUCACAAUAUCUUCCUAUUGAUUUAGGUUCUCGAUGUAAAUAAGAGCUCUACUUAACACAUUCAGUAUGCAUCCAAGAUUGAUAACCCUGUUCGUGAAACAUCGAGCAAUUGUUUGUGCGUCUAUUAGGCACAAUGUGCUAUAUCAGUUAUAAAAUAUUAAGAUGCGGAGUAUCUAGGAGCUUUAUCAGUGUUAUCAUAAGUUUGAAUGAAUGUGUGACCGGCGAUAAAUCUAAACGUUUAACGUUAAUCAAAAUUAUUAUGGAAACUUUUACACCACAUUUUGUUAAUAAUUUAAUUAUUACCUAUGUUUGUACAUGAAAAAAUCUUACACAAACCAAAUACUAUUUAGUAUAGUUAAUGUUUUAUUAGAAUAAUUUAUAUUGUCGAAUAACAUUACUAAUAUAAUAUAAAUCGAUGUAUGUAUAAAUAGAUUUAAUAUGUUAUAUAAAAUAAAUGAUUAUAAGAUUAAUAAACAAUUA